CUUCGAUGACGUGGUGGUCUGCGGCUCGAGGUCGAGGUGCGUGGGGCAGUUGCCCACGCAUAUCAGCACCUCCUUGUGCGGGCACUGUUAAGGUGCCCACACAGUGGCAUCGUUCACUCACUGAAUGGUCUAGCAUAGGCGUCAAGAAGCUCAAUGCAACAGGAUGCUGAGGCAACCGCAAAUAAUAUCACAUUGCAAACACAUUUCAGGUCUGGUUGAACGGAUUCUCCGGCGCCUUCUUCCACUAAAGAAGAAGCCACAUGGACAGUCACAACUUUUGAUUCUCUGACUGCGUUCCCACUAUCGGUCCCACCUGCUUCCAAAGCAGCUGUUGCAACUGUGAUCUCUUCAAGCUUGGAUUCUGCAUGGCCAUGCACGCAUCAACCGACAUCCAUGACUGAAUGCGUCUGAAGAGUUGAGGGCGGACCUCCUGCUGCAGCCUUGGCAUCCAUUCGUCCUCGUACGCCUUGAAAACCUGGACGCAUCACAUGAGUUACAUGCAUCACGAAACGUCGAGCUCUUGUCUCGCAGCGACUCACCGCUUUGACUCGCCUCUCAGGAUGAAGAUCGGUGGCAACCCCAGCAGAUGAAGCACCGACAGAGAGAGCAGAAACAGCCUCGUCCAGACCGCUUGCCUCCACAACGAUGUCACCCCUCUCCUCUGCCUCGAGCUGCUGCUGACGCAACAACUGGUUGAUGUUGGGCUCCAGGGGCAUCUCGUCGACCGUCUGGUCAGAAAAACCGAAGGUCAACCAUCCGGUGCCUCUGCUCCACUACCUACCGUCGGUUUGGUGCUUUCAGCAUGAGGUUUGGCAGCGGCGGCAAGCAGAGCACGCUGAGCUAUUUCGGCACGAGUCAUUUUCUUGACUGGAUUUGCCUGAGAGGACACGGCAAUUGCACAGUCAGGCCAAUCACAACUCGAAUGGUGUUCUCUCGCUCCGGUACCUUCUUGCCCAGCUUGCUCAUGGCUCUCUCCUCUGCUUCCAAUAGCUCCUUCUUCUCCAUCUUCCGCCUGUUCUGCUCUUGGUUCCGUUGCUCGGUGGCCUCCUUUCGUUCUCUGAUGCGCGUCGCUGUCUUGUCAUCAUCUCUCCAGUACUGCGAUAGAAGAGGACAGAUUGAGCGUUGUGCCAGUGUAGUGCCUGCCCAGUCCUCUCUGACCUCAUCCUCCCUCCUCGCCUGCUCCGCGGCCACUUUCUCGGCUUGUGCAGCCGCCUUACGGCUUCGGGCCUCCACGGCUUUCUGGUUCACGCCAAGGUUGGGCAUGAUAGGCUGCAGAAGUGAAGGACUUGGCCGAGAGGACUUCAAUGCCGAGGACUUCGGGCAAGACCG